AAUCUCUCUCUCUUCCCUGCAACGCAAACAACUAUGUAAAAGCAAAACACUAAUACCAAAACAAAAAAGCUCUCUUUUUCAACUAUAAGCUUCAUUUUGUUGGGUGCUGCAAAUUCACCCCCCCCCCCCUCUCUCUCUCUCUCGCUGAUGGGUUUUGGUAAAAGGAACAUGUUUUAGCUUCUGGGCAUGUCAAAGUUAAGCUCUUUAUCACAAGGGCUUGAAGAGAAACUGUGCAUUUGCUGAGAAGAACUGAAGAAAUGCGUGGCCUUAAGCUCCCUGAACGCUUCAAGAGCACCCAAGUUCAUGCUCUCAAUUCCUCUGAUAACAAUAGCAGAAGAAACAAAGCUACUAAGGGUGCCAUCACAAUUAGAUCAUUGGUGUCAAAGUCUAAACACAAUAACAGUACAACUUCAGCAGUUGCAAACCUUGUUGUUCCUCUUCAGCUACCUUCUGCUGACACGCUUGAACCUUCCAUAGAGCCUUACCUUAAACCCAUCAACCUUGUAGAGACCUUGGCUGAUCUGUAUUGCAGGCUAGAGUGUUGCCCUCAAUCACAGAAAGCUUCACUGUGUGUGGAGCAGUUCACUCUGCUGCGUGGCCUUGGAGACCAGAAGCUUCUACGAAGAUGUCUCAGGACAGCACGACAGAACGCUGAGGAUGUGCUUUCCAAGGUUGUGCUUUCAGCAUGGUUGAGGUUUGAGAGGAGAGAGGAUGAGCUUGAGGGUGUGUCUUCAAUGGAGUGUUGCGGGUGUGUUCUUGAAUGUCCAAAGGUGAAUUUGUUACAUGGGUUUAGCCCUUGUUCAAUUAAUGGUAGGUGCAAGUGCCCCCAAGAGGCAAAACAGGAAGCUAGCACUGAAAGUGUGUGUUUUCCAGAUGAGGAAAAGGAUGUUUCUUUUUGUGUUGGGAAUGAGGAAAUUGAAUGUGUUAGGUGGAGAAUUGCAGCUCUAUCAGACCCAUUUAAUGUUAUGCUAUAUGGUGGCUUUGCGGAGUCUAAAUUGAAGAAGAUUGAUUUUACUCAAAAUGGGAUAUGUCCAAAGGGUAUGAGGGCAGUGGAAUCGUUCAGCCGGGGAAAAAGGUUGGACCUUUUCUGUCCCAUGACUGUUUUGGAGCUCCUUUCUUUUGCCAAUAGGUUCUGUUGUGCCGAGAUGAAGGGUGCUUGUGAUGCUCACUUGGCUUCAAUUGUUGGGAAUGUUGAUGAUGCAUUGGUACUUGUUGACUAUGGAUUGGAAGAGAGAGCACCCCUUCUUGUAGCUUCUUGCUUACAGGUGUUACUUAGGGAGCUCCCAAAUUCUUUGUAUAAUUCAAAGGUGAUGAAUAUCUUUUGUAGUUCUGAGGCAAAGGGAAGGUUGGCCUUGGUGGGGUAUGAUUCUUUCUUACUGUAUUACUUCCUGAGCCUGGUGGCUAUGGAGGAAAGCAUGGUAUCUCAAACUACAAUGAUGUUACUGGAAAGAUUGAGGGAUUGUGCUACUGAAAGGUGGCAAAAGGCCCUUGCAUUCCAUCAAUUGGGAUGUGUGCUACUUGAAAGGAAAGAAUAUAAGGAUGCCCAACAUAGUUUUGAGGUAGCAGCUGAACUAGGUCAUGUUUAUUCUGUGGCUGGUGUGGCCAGAACCAAGUACAAGCAGGGUCUACCAUAUUCAGCCUAUAAGUUGAUUAGUUCUCUCAUAUUUGAGCAUAAACCAACUGGGUGGAUGUAUCAGGAGCGUGCGCUUUACAAUAUGGGAAGGGAAAAAAAAUUUGAUCUGGAUGUUGCAACCGAAUUGGACCCUUCCCUUUCAUUUCCAUAUAAAUAUAGAGCCCUGACAAAGGUUGAGGAGAAGCAGAUAAAGGCUGGAAUUUUAGAGCUUGAUAAAAUUAUUGGAUUUAAGCUCUCUCCUGAUUGCUUAGAAUUGCGGGCUUGGAUGUUUAUUGCCCUUCAGGAUUAUGACAGUGCCAUAAGAGAUAUCAGGGCAUUGUUAACUUUAGAACCAAAUUAUAUUACUUCUCAUGGGAAUAUCACAGGGAUAUACUUGGUUCAUCUCCUUAGCCAUGAGGUACAGCAAAAGAGUCAAGCUGAAUGCUGGAUGCAAUUAUAUGAACAAUGGUCUUCUGUAGAUGAUGUUGGUUCUUUGGCUAUUAUACAUCAGAUGCUGGAGAAUGAGCCUGGAAAGAGUCUACUGGAAUUUCGUCAGUCUCUACUCCUUUUGAGGUUAAACUGUCAAAAGGCUGCAAUGCACAGUUUGAGGAUGGCUAGAAACCAUUCUAGCUCAAUGCAAGAAAGGUUAAUAUAUGAAGGAUGGAUUCUAUAUGAUACUGGCUAUAGAGAUGAAGCUCUGGCUAGGGCUGAUACAUCUAUUACUAUUCAGAGAUCAUUUGAAGCUUUUUUUCUGAAAGCGUAUGUGUUGGCUGAUACUAGUCUGGAUCCUGAAUCUUCUUCUUAUGUUAUCCAACUUCUAGAAGAAGCACUUAAAUGUCCUUCUGAUGGUCUUCGCAAAGGACAAGCACUGAAUAACUUAGGGAGUAUUUACGUGGAUUGUGGUAAGCUUGAUUUUGCAAAAGCAUGCUACAACAAUGCCCUUGCAAUUAGGCACACAAGAGCUCAUCAAGGUCUAGCACGUGUUUAUCAUCAGAAAAAUCAACGAAAAGCUGCAUAUGAUGAGAUGACCAAGCUAAUUGAAAAGGCAGAUAGCAAUGCCUCAGCAUAUGAGAAACGAUCAGAAUACUGUGACCGUGAGAUGGCAAAGGUUGAUCUUGAUGUAGCUACCCAAUUGGAUCCUUUAAGGACAUAUCCAUAUAGAUACAGGGCAGCAGUGAUGAUGGAUGAGCAAAAAGAAAUUGAAGCUGUAGAAGAGCUCACUAAGGCCAUAAAUUUCAAGCCUGAUCUGCAAAUGCUUCAUCUUCGAGCAGCAUUUUAUGAGUCAAUGGGGGACCUAUCUUCAUCUCUUCAAGAUUGUCAGGCAGCUCUAUGCUUAGACCCUAACCAUACUGACACGCUUGAUCUGUAUCAAAGGGCACAAAAACUAAGCUUUUAAUCUUAAACAAUAUGUACAUCAGAAGGCUAAAAUGUGGAUAUCUUGGUUUGGAAAUUGUUGGAAAAUGCCAUCUUCAUCAAGAUACAAGGAGAGGACAUAGAUUGUGCAAUUGUUGAAACGGUGCCAAAACCCAAGAAGCAAUACUUGGAUAGUUUGAGAAAAAGAUGAGUCACAUGUUUCACAUGAUUGAAUAGGAGGUUGAUUCCGGUGUACAUCAAAAGAUGUUUAGAGAAGUAAACUACAUUCAUAUGAUAUAGAUUCUUGUGAACCUUGUGCACAUAGUUUGUCUCACACGAUUCACACAUCUCUUGUACAGGGACAGGGUUAUAAUUUAUAAGAGAGAAAUCGAUACUCGUAUCCGACAAUGUAUGAUUUAUUGUUCGUGACAUAGGUUCUAUUUUUCU